UUCGAUGUCGUCUCUUGGGUGAUGAUCCUCCUCGUCAGCAUUCAAGUGGCCGUUUUUGCCAUCUUUCUCUUUGAGUGGCUCAGUCCGUCCGGCUACGACAUGGAGAUGAGACAUCCUAGAGACCACAAGUUCUCUCUGCUGCGAACGUACUGGCUCGUAUGGGCGAUACUUUUCGGUGCUGCGGUGCACGUGGACUGCCCAAAGGGCUACACUGCUCGCUUCAUGGCCAACACCUGGGCGACCUUUGCGGUGGUCUUCCUCGCCAUUUACACUGCCAACCUGGCGGCGUUCAUGAUCACCCGAGAGGAGUACCACGACUUCACUGGCAUCGAGGAUAAGAAGCUCGCCAAUCCGACGCACAGUGAUCCCCCGCUCAAGUUUGGCACCAUUCCCUUUGGCAAUACGGAGCAGGUGCUGAAGCGCAAUAAGCCACGCAUGUUCAAGUACAUGCUGCCCUUCAACAGGUCCAAGGCUAAUGAAGGAAUGGCCGCCAUCAAGAAGGGCGAACUGGAUGCAUUCAUCUACGAUGCAGUCGUCCUAGACCAUCUCGUUGGUGAAGAUAACGAGUGCGGCCUGCUGACCGUCGGAAGUUGGUACGCAAUGACGGGCUAUGGUUUUGCGAUGGCAAAAGACUCAAAGUACCUAGAGAAGUUCAACAAAAAGAUGAUUGAAUACAGAGAGAAUGGUGACCUGGAGCGACUGCGUCGGUACUGGUUCCAGGGGGCGUGCAAGUCGCAGAAGAACAAGCGCAACAUCUCCAAGCCGCUCGAUGUGAAUCAGUUCAUGAGCGCCUUCCUCCUCCUCGGCUGUGGCAUCCUCCUCACGGUGGUCCUCCUCGCGCUGGAGCACCUCUACUUUCGCUACUGUCGACACUGUCUGGCGAGGACGGAGAAGGACGCCUGCUUUACGCUCGUCAGCAUGAGCUUGGCCCGAUCACUUCGCUUUGGCCACCACAACAUGGACUUCCACGAUGAGUUCAUCUGCGAUAAUCGACACUGCGAGGACCGGCGACAGCGGACGCUGAAGGAGCUGCGUCUGGCGAAGUACCGCGUAGACACACUGGAGCGGCUCAACCCAGACAUGGUGCAGUACCUGGAGAACGCCGAAAAGAAGAAAGAGUCACUUAGCAGUAAACUGACGUACAAUCAAAACGAUAACCUGGCCUACUCUGCCGGCGAACAAGAAGAUCGAACAAUGGCGGAAAAGGCUAGCGGUAACGAGGGAGGGGAGAGCACCUCAAAGCGCCGCAAGGCCGACUUUGAGACCAUUCUCUAG